UUUUCCGUAUGUUUUCUCUUUAAGGUGCCCCGUUCAAACUCUCUAGUUGCUUGCUUUGGAAAAUGGAUAGUGUCAAACAGCCCUUCAGAGGGAUAAUUAAUGAUGUCAAAGCAAGAGUAGAGUGCUACAAGCAAGAUUGGGUUAUCGGGCUUCGUUCAUUCAGGAUAUUGGCUCCAACUGCCUACAUUUUCUUUGCGUCUGCUCUUCCUGUUAUUGCUUUCGGAGAACAACUGAGUAGGGAAACAGAUGGAAGAUUGAGUACAGUAGAAACUCUAGCUUCUACUGCCAUCUGUGGUAUCAUACACUCAAUACUUGGUGGACAGCCCUUGCUGAUAGUAGGAGUCGCAGAGCCCACUGUCAUAAUGUACACUUAUCUCUACAGUUUCACCAAAGAUAGGGCAGAUUUGGGAGCAGACCUGUUCUUGGCAUGGGCCGGAUGGGUGUGUGUUUGGACAUCUUUGAUGCUGAUUCUCCUUGCAAUAUUCAAUGCUUGUGAUCUCAUUACUAGAUUUACGAGGAUCGCAGGGGAGAGUUUUGGCAUGUUGAUUACUGUCCUUUUCAUUCAAGAGGCCAUCAAGGGCAUAGUGGCUGAAUUUGUGAUUCCCAAAGAUGGAAACCCCAGAGAAGAGAAGUAUCAGUUUCAAUGGCUCUAUACAAACGGAUUGUUAGCAGUUAUAUUCUCCUUUGGCUUGCUAUAUACAGCUCUACGGAGCAGGGAGGCGAGGUCAUGGUGGUAUGGACAAGGGUGGGCUAGAAGUUUCAUUGCGGACUACGGAGUUCCUUUGAUGGUCUUGGUGUGGACAGCAUUGUCAUUCAGUGUGCCGAGCAAGGUUCCUUUGGGGGUUCCUAGGAGACUUAAUAGUCCUCUUCCUUGGGACUCAGAAUCCUUGUACCAUUGGACGGUAAUUAAGGAUAUGGGGAGUGUCCCACCCGUCUAUAUCUUUGCUGCUAUUAUACCAGCAUUGAUGGUAGCAGGUCUAUACUUUUUCGACCAUAGUGUUGCUUCACAAAUGGCACAGCAGGAGGAGUUCAAUCUCAAAAAUCCAUCCGCUUACCAUCACGACAUCUUAAUGCUCGGGCUUAUGGUAUUGCUUUGUGGACUGAUUGGAAUCCCUCCUUCAAAUGGGGUCCUCCCACAAUCCCCUAUGCAUUCCAAGAGCCUUGCAAUUCUGAAGAGGCAGCAAAUUAGGAAGAAGAUGCUAAAGGGGGCCAAAGAAUGCAUAAAUCAACAAGCUACCAACUCAGAAAUAUAUGUUAAAAUGCAGGAGCUCUUUAUCGAAAUGGACACAGCCCCAUCAGCUGCCUCAAUAACAAAAGAGCUGAAGGGAUUGAAAGAUGCAGUUAUGGCUGUUGAAGAUGGCAAAGAUAAAAAAUUUGAUCCUGAGAAGCAUAUUGAAGCCCACUUGCCAGUUCGAGUUAAUGAGCAGAGGAUGAGCAACCUGUUACAGUCUGUUCUUGUGGGUGCAUCUGUUUGUGCCAUGCCCAUAAUCAAGUUGAUACCUACGUCAGUUCUUUGGGGAUACUUUGCCUAUAUGGCCAUUGACAGCCUCCCCGGUAACCAGUUCUGGGAGAGGAUGUUGCUGCUCUUUGUUACUCCUGGCAGGCGGUUUAAGAUCCUGGAAGGUGAUCAUGCCUCCUUUGUGGAAUCUGUACCGUUCAAGUACAUCGCAAUGUUUACUAUCUUUGAGUUAAUAUAUUUUCUGGUGUGCUUUGGAGUGACAUGGAUACCCAUCGGUGGCAUACUGUUCCCAUUGCCAUUCUUCCUCCUGAUGGCCAUAAGACAACACAUCCUCCCUAAAUUCUUUGAACUGCGUUACCUUCAUGAAUUGGAUGCCUCCACUUACGAGGAGAUUGCUGGUACUCCACAUCUUGGUCGUUCUUUCAGGGAACAGGAAUCUAGUCAAACUGAGGGCGAAGAGUUUGCUGUUGAUCUCUGUGACCGCGAGAUAUUGGAUCAAAUCACCACCCAUAGAGGAGAGUUGAAGCUUAGAACUGUAAGUUACACUGAAGAGAGGCGCUCCCAGGUUUACCCUAUGGUGUCCCAAAACGAGUGAAGAUGAGUAGAUUCACAGAAGGGAAAUGAGAGAGGCCACGAUA